UUGUCGAGAUUAAAUGUACACAGACACCGUUUGACUGACAUUUCCGUCAACAAAGAAUUGCUGAUCAAGCCAAAACGUGUCCAAUUUGUUUACCAUUAUUGGCCCUGAUUUUACUGCUAAAGAAAUGGCAGGUGUCGCAAAGAAGACGAAAGCAGCCGACGUUCCCGAAUGUCCGUACGGAGCAAGAUGUUACCGUAAAAAUCCUCAGCAUUUCAUUGAUUUCUAUCAUCCGAAAAAGGCUAAAACUGAUGAUUCUACUGACAGUACGGAUAGCCCUUCUACACCAAAACUUCCAGCCAAUGAUGAUAGCUCAUUACCUCCGUGUAAAUAUGGGGCUAAAUGUUACAGAAAGAAUUUGAUGCAUUUUGCUGAAUUUUCACAUCCAACAGCAGUUGUUAAAAGUGUUCAGAGUGAUAGCGGUGAUGAUACUGAUGUUGUAUCAGACGAAGAUGACCCACCUAAAACAUCAAAGAAAGAUGUUAAAAGUAGUGAUAUUCUUAAGCGUGGGAUGUCUUUGGUAAAAAGUUACAGUAAAAUGUCCGAGGAGGAAAGGAAGGAACUAAUCAAGAAAGCUUUCGAAGCAAAGAAAAAACUUCAAGAUGAAUUAGAGAAAACUAAAGAGGAGGUGAAGAAGAAAACACAAGAAGUUGAGAAGUUGAACAAACAGGUUGCUACAGGAUUAUUAUUUAUGGAUGGUGAAAAGGAAGCUCUGGAGGGGACAGAGGUGAAAUAUUUUCAGUUAGCACCAGAAAGGACAUACAAAGAAGGAUCUGCUGACCAGACUCAUUUCAGACUGGCAGAAUCCCAGUUCUAUAGACUUCUCUCAGGGAAUACUGGAAACUGGAGAAUGACUAAGGUGGAAUAUGUUGUUAACCCAGAGCUGGUCAAAGAGUUUCGAAAAUGUAGAGAAAAGUUGAAGUCUUCAAGAGGGGAAGAAUAUUCAUACCCAGUUCUAGGAUUUCAUGGAACAGAAGCCAAAAAUAUUACACCAAUAUGUGAGACAGGGUUCAAAAUACCAGGUGAUUCUGGACAUAAACAUCGUACAGAUACAGGAUGGUAUGGUAAAGGUGUAUACUUCAGUGAAUACCCAAAUUAUUCCAUGGGUUAUAUAUCAGGUUCAACAAAACUCCUCCUCUGUCAGGUUUUACCUGGCAAGGUUUUCAACUGUACAAAGUUAAUUCACGGAGCUGCACUCAAAUCAGGGUAUGACUCACACAUGUCCCCAUGUAAAAGAGAAAUUGUUAUCUUCAAUAAGUACCAUAUCUUACCAUCUUAUAUAGUCCACUAUCAGAACACAGUUGGUGAAUUUAAAUACAAGGAUGAUAUUGCCAAGAAAGGAGCUGGUGACUCAAAGCCGGCUGGUGGGUCAAAGCCGGCUGGUGGGUCAAAGCCGGCUGGUGGGUCAAAGGCAAAAGCAGGUGGAAGUAAAUUAACAUUCGAUGAACUUCAAGAUCCAACAGCACUUAACUUUAAAUAUUUCGAGGCUAUAAGCAAAAAGAAACCAUUGGGAUGCUUCAAUGGGUAUAAAAUACAAUUUACUGGGACAUUUCAAGACACUCAGUCAGAAAUGGUGAAUUUAGCAACAAUGCAUGGGGCCACGCAAGGAACGAAAGCUGUUUUUAACCUACUUGUGGCUUCUCAGACAGAAUUCGACAUCAAAACAAGCAAAGUUGUACAGGCAGAGAAAAAAAUGGUACCAAUUGUGGUGGAGAUGUAUAUAUAUGACUGUAUAAUCAAGAACAAGAAAUUACCUACAGACAAUUAUCAGUAUAAAUGAGAGCAACAUUUGUUUAAUCUUAAUUCUGGAAAUGUCAUCAUCUAUAAAACAGGCUGAUGUUAAACAGUGUGACCAGAAUUUACUUCCUUUGCAGCUAAUCUUAAAUUUGAAGUUAAAUUCUUGAAAUUUCAAUGAUCAGUUACGGUACUGUGUAACACAUAUUUAAUGAAUUGUAAGAAAGAUAGUGUCCAAACAUUCUUGAAUGAACCAUACAAUAAAAAAACACAUUCAAGCAGUAUUUUCUGGUGAACUUUUUGCACAUCUGUUGAUCAUGAAGCAUUGUACAAUGUACAUUUAAAACUGUACUAUUGAAAAUGGCAUGAAUAAAAGAAAUGUUUAUUCUGGUGAGUCAAUUAGUGAGAUCAGAGUGCUGUUAUUUAUUUACUUCUGUUUAUCAAUGUUGAAAUCAGGUGCAAUGGACCUUUUCGGUUUUUUGUAAGCAGAACAUUUAGCCACACCUUUUCCAUUUAUUGCUAGGUCAACUGUUCACAAACGGUAUCACAAACAUAACCAUGUGUUGUUUUUUGUUAACCAGGUCAACCAGUGACUGUAUUAUCUCAGUGUAGCAAUUGGAUUACAAGUUAGCCAAUUUGCAUAAAUCUGUAAACACUGGAAAAAGACAAAUAUUCAAUUAAAGUUUAUAGUUGCAAUACUUAUGAAUCAUGUUUAUGAUUUUUUUAAUUGACCAACAUGUUAUUAAGUUUACUUUAUUUAGUUAUGUGUGUAUGUUUUUGAUGUGUUUUACUCACAAUUUAUGUAAAGAAUAAGAUGUAACAUAAUAUAUUCAUGAGAUCAUCUACAUCAACAUCUGUGCCGCGUCAGGACAAAACCAACAUAGUGUGUUUGCGACCAGCAUGGAUCCAGACCAGCCUGCCCAUCCGCGCAGUCUGAUCAGGAUCCAUGCUGUUCGCUUACCAACCCUAUUACAAGUAGAGAAACUGAUAGCAAACAGCAUGGACCCUGAUCAGACUGCGCGGAUACGCAGGCUGGUCUGGAUCCAUGCUGGUCGCAAACCCACUAUGUUGGUUUUGUCAUGGCGCAGCUCAUUUAUUUUAUACCUAUAAUUUAUAAACUCUAAAAUGGCAGCUAAUUUUUCAACCAAAAAAAUCAUGAACAUUUGUUUGUUUUUAUUCAAAACAUGUGUAGAUGAUUUUGAUAUUACUAUCACAUGCAAACUUCUUGUUUAUAAACAUUCAGUUUAAAUGACACAUAUUUUAGUUUCAUUUACACAUUUUCUUUGCUCAUACCUCAUUGAUAAACAUAUGUAUAUUAACCCUCUAGAAUUUUUUUAAAGUCAUAAAUUUUACCAUUGUUAUCCUGUAUAUUUUUGUUUAUAUACUUUUAAUUUAUACUCUAAUACAUACUCUAAUUUUAUUUACUUUAUUCAUAAAUAUGUAAAUAAAUAUACAACUGUAUAAUGUUUUUAAAAUUAUCCCUCUUGAAAUGAAUUUGAAUGAUUUUUUUAUCUUCAAAUAUUUUGAUAAUUUCAUUUUAUUUUUACAUUCUACUUAUAAACGUUUCUCUUUUUUUUAUCAAUGAACAUAUAUUUAUAAAUACAUGUACUUUAAAAAGAAAAAUCAUGCUCUAGAAAACCUUUCCAUAUUUACAAUCUUUAUAAGCAUGAUUUUAAAUCAGUCUGACUUUACUUAUUUUCUAUAAAGGUUUUUCUGAUGUAACCAUCAUUGUUUAUUCUUGCAAUCAAAACAAUCUGAGAUAUGUUUGUAAAUUUGUAAAAUGUACAAUUGUAUAUUGAUAUUUAUUUAUAGGAACUGGACAAAAUAAUAACAAAUCUAAAACCCAAAAUUUUAAAUAAUAUCAUAUUGUAUUUUAUUCUGUAGUUUCUUGUAAUUACUUUAUAUAAAGAUGUGUACUGGAACCAGAAUUUCACAAAGUUGUUAUGAUCUUUUGUUAUAGCACAUUAAAAUAAUUGCAAUUUUUAGCAACUUUUAUCUUUGUAGAACAGUGUUGACUUAUGUACAAAGAAAUUUCCUUGCUUUCAUAAUGUAAGUUUUCACUGUAAUAAAAUAUAAACACAGUUUCUUGUGUAAUAAAUACUUACAUAUAUACAUGAUUUUAUCUCAUGUAGUAUUAUUUAUGUAGAAUAUAUUUUGUAAGUUUUAAUAUUUGUUAGGUAUUUGCUCUCAUUUACAAAUAAACAUGUCCUUAUAAAAUCAGUUACAGUACAUAUAUAUAAACAAUUUAUAAGUGAGGAUCACUUAGUUUAUAUAGUUUAGUCUAGGGUAAAAAUAUCUAAUUCUUUUUUCUAUGAAGCUAAAAUUCAAAGAGGUUAGAUAUUUGGCAUGUAGCAUCUCAUAGUGGAUCAUUAAUAAUGUUAUAUAAAUCAUGUCCCUGGUGUCAAAAUUGACCCCAGUCUUUGGGGUUUCUUAUUUUACAAAGACUUGUAUUGUUAAAAUGGCGCAAAAAUCUUUGUCAUCUAGAACAUAGAUGUUUGGCAUGUGGAUUCACCUUAAUAUGAUAGUCUACAAAUGUUAUAUAAAUAAUGCGGCCCUUGGUCCAAAACUAGUUCCAUCCUUGUUCAUUUAAAAAAAUAACAAACCCAUUACUGGUUUGAACAUUUUCAAGCAAUGUAUCUCAGGUGAGCAAUCCCUGGCCAUCAUGACACUCUUGUUUAGCAAUUUUGAUAAUUUUGACUGAAAUACUGAAAUGUCUAAAAAUAGCACAAUAUUUUUUGUGUAGAAUUAAAAAGAUAUAUGUUCUUGUGCAAGAGGAGGGAAAAUACAAGGCCUUGUCUGCAGUUUAAAGUUAGCAUCUUCAAUAGUUAGUUACACAAAAGUUAAAAAAUUUAUGUACACAUUAGUUGAUAUGAUAAUAGAUCGUAUAUUUUUGAAUUAACUACUUAUAUAUUACCCUUGACUUAGUAAAAUUUUGCAAUUUUCAACUUGUGUCGCAUGUAACUCAAAAAGUAUUUGACCUAGAGUCAUGAAACUUUACAGGAAUGUUGAUCAGCAUGUGUAGUUGUGCACCUGGGUAUUUUCGUCUGGAUAUUUUUAGUAUUUUUAGAGUUAUUGCCCUUGACUUCUUAAAAUUUUGCAAUUUUCAACUUGUGUCGCAUGUUACUCAAAAAGUAUUAGACCUUCAGUCAUGAAACUUUACAGGAAUGUUGAUCAGCAUGUGUAGUUGUGCACCUGGGUAUUUUCGUCUGGAUAUUUUUAGUAUUUUCAGAGUUAUUGCCCUUAACUUAGUAAAAUUUUGCAAUUUUCAAUUUGUGUCGCAUGUAACUCAAAAAGUAUUUGACAUAGAGUCAUGAAACUUCACAGGAAUAUUUAUCAGCAUGUGCAAUUGUGCACCUGGGUAUUUUCGUCUGGAUUUAUUAGUAUUUUUAGAGUUAUUGCCCUUGACUUAGAAAAUUUUUGCAAUUUUCAACUUGUGUCGCAUGUAACUCAAAAAGGAUUUGACAUAGAGUCAUUAAACCUUACGUGAAGGUUGUUCAGCAUAUUUAGAUUUGCACCUGGGGUUUCGCUUGUGGAUUUAUCCAGUAUUUGUAGAGUUAUUUCCCUUGACUUAUUAAAAACUGUUUCAUUAUGUUGUUAUUUGUUCCUUGAGUGCUUGAGUUAGAAUCAACCAACUUUACAGGAAUAAUAAUCAACAUAACUAAAUUACAGGAAUAAUGAUUCACAUCACUGUGAAGCUAUGCACCUGGGACUUUGCAUGUGGAUUUUUUUCAGUUUUGUUAGAGUUAUUGCCCUAAACUUACAGUAGUAUAAAUUUGCAAUUUUCAACUUGUUCAUGCAUAGCUCAAAAAGUAUUUCACUUGUAGGCCUGAAAGUUUACAAGAAUGUUGGUCAGCAUGUGUACUUAUGCACCUUGGGGUUUGCUUGUGGAUUUAUUCAGUAUUUGUAAAGUUCUUGCCCUUUACUUAGUAAAAGAUUUUUAGUUUCCAAAAAUAUUUGACCUAGAGUCAUAAGAUUGACAGAACAUUGGUGCGGUGGGGGCACCCGUGUCCUAUGGACACAUUUCUAGUUUGUAUCAUUAUAAUAAAUUGUAACGUAAAAUAGUGGAUGGAUUCCCAACCCUAUUUUACCUAUUACGGUGACAAUAAACAGAGUUACCACUUGGGCUUAAAAAAAACACACAGGCCAGUUCUAAAUUUAAAGGAGUAGUUGUACAUUAAGCACAUUUAGCAUUUCAUGGUUUAGAAUUUGAUACUUGGAAAUAUUAGUUUGAUGAGAAUUAUCAGUAUUAUAUUAGAAUAUUUGUGUGAAGCAUGAAUAGAUAUAACCAGAUCGUAACUAUGAUAUUAAAUGAUAUGUAUUAUUCAUGACCAAACAUGUCUGUCAUUUGAUUUAAUGUACUUCAAAGAAAUGUCAAAAAAUGUAUCAUGUUUUAUUCAGCUGCCAUUUGAAUAAGUAUUUCACAAGCUUGGUAUAAAAAUGAUCAUUAUGUACUUUUCUUGCAUAUGACAAAUGUGUGUUUUUGUUUGCUUGUUGUUUUUUCUUCUGUUAGUUAUUUUGCAUUAAUGUUCAUUUGUAUUAAUAGCUCUGUGGGAGUUAUGCUUAGUGCUUACCUAUUGAGGUGUCUACUACUCAGGUAUACAUUGUUCACCACUAGGUGAACUGAUAGGACUCUAUUAGUGCCUAUACCAGGGAAUACACUAAAAUAAUGUUUGCAAGAAGUUCAUAAUAACAGAAUCUUGUAUCUUAAUACAUGCUUUAUUUUAUUAAUUUAUUAUGAUACAGAAAUGUAAAAUAUUAAACUGAAUGCCUUGUGCCAUUUAGUAUUCUCUUUAAAAGAAUAUUUUUUAAAUAAAUUAUUUUUAUUUAAAAUUGUUGAAGACUAAGCAGUGUUUUAAUGCUAUCAUACACAUCAUAAAACAUUUAUUUAUAUUUGUUUUUGUUGUAUUACAGAUAUUUACAGCCUAUUUCAUGUGAUAUUUUACACUCCUGUUCUUUUUUAGACUACAGAGGCAGUACAUAACUUUGUUACAUGUAUUGAUUUUGCUUUUUAAGAUUUUGUGAAUUAUUAAUGUAUAAGCUAUGUUUGUCAGUUUUUUUAAGCAAUUUGCAUGUGUAGAAUAAAAUUUUAAAAACUUA